AUGCUACAGGCUCUUACCAAGCCAGACCGGUCGCCGUGGGUCAAUUGGCCCUUCCAAUCCUCUCUCAUUCAGCAAGAAGUGAAGGUGAUCAACAAGCUGAAGGGGACGCUCCAACUCGCCUUGUUCGCUCACCAGACUCGUGUUGUUACCCGACUCUGCCAGAAGUUCGAAGAUCUGCAGGGAACGUCCAGUCGGGCGGACAUUCUCUCGUGGCUCAAGACCAGCGAUCCCGAGCAGAACCACAAGGUGGCUCGAGCCAAACACGAGCCGUAUACGUCCACGUGGCUCUUUCGGGCUGAGGAGUUCACGAGCUGGGCCGACAGGCCUGGCGAGUCUCUCUGGCUGCACGGGAUUCCCGGCGCCGGCAAGACGGUUCUCUGCUCUGCCAUCAUCGAACACGUUCGUCUGGAGUGGGACCACGAACCGGCCGUCAAGGUCGCCUACUUCUACUUCGAUUUCUCGGAUCUGAAGAAACAGAGCGUGGCGGCAUUCCUCAGAUCUGUCGUCCACCAGCUCACCUCCUCCGACCCGACCGUCUCCGACUAUGUCGCUGCGCUCAGAAGAGAGCCUGACAUCGAGGCUGAGUUGCUGCCGUCCAUGUCUCACACGGUCGGGAUCCAUACCUCGGCAGUCGACGCAGACGUGAGAGUCUACGUCAUCAAUUCCAUUUCUCGGGACUCUCAGCUCUCUAGAUGGAAGCCGGCUGUUCAAGACAAGGUGUUGGAUGCUAUUGAAAAAGGUUCCAAUGGCAUGUUCCGAUGGGCCGUGUGCCAGCUCGACGCGAUGAGAAAGUGUCUGACACCCGCGAUGGUCCACGCUGAGCUGAGCCGUAUGCCCGAGACGCUCGAUCAGACCUACGAUCGGAUACUCCAACAAGUCCCAAAACAUCACCAGCCUUUCGUCCAGUCGGCCCUGCACUGGCUGGCCUUUUCCGCCCGGCCGCUCCAAAUCCAGGAGCUUGCAGAGGCUGCGGUACUUCAGCCAGACGGCGAUGGUUUCGACGUGGAACACGCUCGGUUCUUUGAUCACAACAUGAUCGUCGAGCUCUGCGGCUCUCUUGUCACCACUUCCACCAUUGAUCACCGUACUAGCCGCACCUUCACCGUCGUCUCCCUCAGUCACUCCUCCGUCAAGGAGUACCUGGUCUCUCCGAGGCUGGGAACGGGGGCGCUGGCCAACUACCAAACCUCUGAAGGGCUAGCAAACGCCGCUCUGGCUAGGAACCCGAGUUCGACGAACGCCGGCGCCAACAUCAACGAGCUGCAGGACUCGGACGGGACGGCGCUGUACGCUGCCUCGUUCAGGGGCUCGGUGCCCUUGGUGGAGCUGCUCCUCCGCAAGGGCGCUGAUGUGAACAAGGGCGGCCGCGGUGAGUUCGGCUACCCCAUCAGCGUCGCGGCUAGAGCGGGCCAUGUCCAGGUGGUGCGCGUCUUGACGAAGGCCGGGGCCGAAGUCAACGUCUCGGGCGGCGACGAAGGGAUCACGGCGCUGGAGGCCGCCGUCGAGAGCAGGGAUAUGGCGACGUUCCGUGCGGUCCUGGAAGCUGGAGCGGACCCGAACAGACAAGGUAAGGCUCAGUCGAACGCUGUUGCUUCGACCAUAUAUGGAGGCUAUGACUAUUAUUUUGUGGACCUGCUCGUCCAUUUCAACGCAGACAUAAACUACGCCCCUGACAAAAUUUGCAAUGCGCUUACAGACGCAUGUCUGAAGAGUGACAUGGACAUGGUCAAGUUUCUUCUCGAGAAAGAAGCAGACCCGGACGCGCUGUGCCAAGAGCGCGUCAGCCCUCUCAGCGCCGCGGCGAGCACAAAGGGAAAUGUCGAGCUGGUCGAGCUGCUACUGAAGCACGGCGCGGACCUUCACACUGCGGGCGAAUACACGUUCCACGAGGCCGCGCUUCACGGGGCCGUCCUGGACCUUGUCGUCUGGCUGCUGGACCAAGGCGCGGAUCCCAGCUACCGCGGCGGUGACUAUGGAUGCCCGUUGACGGCGGCAGUCAGCAACAUGCACGGCGCAGUCUCGGCGGCCAAAACCCUCCUCGCGGCCGGCGCAGACCCCAACCUCGACGGCGGCGAGCUGCCCUCGGCGCUGCAGGCUGCCGCGCGCUUCUGUCCCGCCAUGGUGCAGCCGCUGCUCGACGCCGGCGCCGACGCUCGCGCUGUCUCGGCCGAGGGGCCCUUCGGCACGGCGCUCCACGUGGCCGCGUACGAGCACCACGACGAGGCCAUCGCGGCGCUGCUGGCCGCGGGGGCCGACGUGAGCGAUGGCGGCGGCUCCAAGUACGGCUCGCCGCUGCACGUGUCGGCCCAGCUGGAGAUGGCGGCCAGCGAGUGGUCGGCCGGCCGCGAGAGCCUGCGCUGCCUGAAGAUGCUGGUCGCGGCCACGGGGCUCGAUGUCCGUGCCGCUGUGACCGCCCAGGGGGGCAAGUACGGAACCAUAGCGCAGAUGGCGGCCAAGAGCGGCAACAUCGAGGUCCUCAAGUGGCUCGUCGAGGACGUCGGGCUCACCAAGAAGGACAUCGUUGGCGUCAAGGGCGGGCGGUUCGGCAGCGUGCGGGCAGCGGCAGUGAAGAAGGGGCAGUGGGGCGUGGUGGCAUAUCUCGAGAAGAAGUUUGGACGGUUCGCUUGGGAGGGGAAAUAUUAG